ACGGCUUAAAAUACUUCAAUCUCACUUUACACUUUACAUUCCUAAAAAACGAAAAGGCGAUGCUGAAUUGCUCAUAAACACUACUCUGUUUCGUCUUCAAAAAAGUGUCUUGUAUAUUGUAUCACAAGUAUUUGACGACCUUUUGACAAAGGCUUCACUUGCCGAAAAUCGCCAAGAGUUUGAAAUGCUUAUCGAGCAAGAAAAGUCUUCGCAUGCUGAAAGAGGGAUCCCACGAAUCGAAUUAUCCGAUGAAAAUCCCCAAGAUUUUGAAGCAAAUUUACCCUCAAGAAUCUGUUCUAUCUAUCGAGCCUAUUUUACGCCUUGCCGACAAAUUCUUAAUUACGAAAAUUAUCGGAUCUUAGGAGUUCAAAGAAUUUUGGAAUUGAGAGAGCUGGUCCGUCACUUUGUUAUACCGGAUCUGAUGUCGAUUUUUAAUAGACGUACCGAUCAAAAGUUCAUCCAGAAUACGUUUCUUGUUUUAGACCAGUUGAAGUGUAUCGGGAUGGAUGCAAGUCAAGAAUUUCUGACAGAUUUGGAACUUCUUUGGAACCUUAAUGUGCGAAGAGAAAUCAGAAACAAAAUCGGAAUAUUUUUUCAAUGGAUUGGAUUUAGAUUGAAUAACAAGAGAGGCAACGCGAUAUUUGGCAUUUUUAUAUUGCAAGCAAACAUGAAUGCCUCAACAAUUCCACCAGGUCGAUAUGGACAUUGUUCUUUCACAUGGAAAAAUAACUUUUAUGUAUUUGGAGGAUGGGAUAAUUUUACCGAUUCAAACGGCGUAAAUCGAAAUCCAUUUUUCUACUACACCACACUUCCAAUAACAAACACCAACAAAAUCACGUGGAUAAACCUGAGCACGGUUGAUGCGACAAGUGUCGGCUCGGCGGCUUGCGUUGUCACUCAAUCGGAUUAUUUGUUGGUACUUGGUGGAAUUCUUACGUUGAAAUCGAAUGAUAAUAAAGUGUCGACUCAAGUUUUUGACUUGAACAAAGGUGUAUGGAUUGAUUGGAGUAAACUGCUUAACGCGUAUCCGGGUUACGGGGUUGGUCCGAAAGCGACUUUAAUUUCAAAAAAUUUUGUGGCAGUCUACGCCGGAAAUACUGGAGUAAACGAGGACGGAAAAAAAUUACCUUUACAAUUUAUAUAUUUCUUAAAUAUGACGUCGUUACCCUGGACCUGGUCAACAGUAACGAAAAAAGAAGAUUUAGAUGCACCAAUUAGUCGAAUAGUAAUAACGGUAAAGGGCAGUGUAUGGAUGUUAGGAGGAUACUUUCCCAACAGUGAUGCCGCAAACUUCACUAACACUCCAACCAACUCGAAUCGAAUAUACAUUUCAAAUCGACGAUACCAAUGGAUAUCCCCCAACGAUUCGCCUCUACCCUAUAGUGUAAGAGAUGGUGCAACAGGGAUUCGAGAUAACAUGUUGUAUUUGAUUUCGUAUAGUGGAAAUGCGGAAAAUCCGGUGAACAUUAUUCCAUUGAAUAUGCAAACCAUGAAGUUUCAGUCAAAUAUUUCGUUUAGCGACGGCGGGAUGAAAGGACGGACUGGUGCUUCAUUUGCUCAGUUUUCUGGAUCGGAUGCUGUUUUGACAUAUGGAGGAUGUUCUUUAUCGAAUGUAGUCAUAAAUUGUGGCACCCCAUUCGAUACAAUUCAAAUAUUUAACAUGACCUUGAAAAGUUGGACUACAGAACACAAUAUAGUCACAAAUAUUCCUUCAAACAAUUUCAAAUUACCACCAAUCAAUGGACUCGAUCUUAAUGCGGAAAACGAUGAGUCAGACUCAAAUAACGGCGAUAGCAACAAGAACCAAAACAACACCCAAAAUAGUGGUAACAAUAAUUCAGACACUGGAAAAUCCGAAAGUCGAACUUACAUCUGGAUAACCGUGUUUAUUUCUUGCAUAGUUACUGGAUUAUUUUGUGCUAUGGUUAUUUUUUUGAUUACGAGAUAUUGUAGGAGACAAUCGGCGAUUUUGACAAAAUUUGAAAUUACUAGAAAUCGGCAUAUUGAAAUUGCUGUAUCUAAAGAUGAAGCUGAAUCACCGGCAAGACAACGGUCAAAUUCAGAACAUUCAAGUUUAGUGGUGGAAACUGUUGAUCGAUCUAGAUCAGUUUCUGAUAUCGAUAUUAAUAUUAACAAUGAUGACGGCAUAAAUACUGACAAUUUAACAUCACGACAACGACAAUGGAUUCGUUCUGUAUUAUCGAUUCCAAGAACAUCAAAUUCACAUUCACGUGAUAAUAAUGAAAGACAGUCAAAAGAACAACCACUGUCCACAUCAAAAAGAGUGAAUAUUCCAUCAAUUACAAUCGAUCAUAAAUCCAAAAGAGACGACAACUGGGAACGCGAGUUGAUAACGGAUAAGAACCAACUAAUAGUGAAACUGAUCGAAUCAUCAGUGGUAAUAACAUCCUUAGCACUACCGAGAAAGAACUCGAAGCAUUCCUAUCAACGACAAGAAACAAAGGAAGAUCAAGCUAUGCUUGACAAAACUAACCACAGUAAUGAUGGAUUCAGAACCGUUCCUCUGAAGCGAACGACUUCCAAGACAGCAGAACCAGAAACAGCUCAACAAGAAGCAAGGAAUAAUGGAAACGAUCACGUUUCCAACGUUCCAAGCGUGAAAGGAAAGCAACCUCAACUAAAUUGUAGCAUUCCACUUGGAAAUCGUCAUAUCCUCGUCGACACGCCGCCGGCUACUCUAUCCACCAACGCUCCAAGGAAACUCACUGUUGGUCGGACGCAAGCUAUGGAAAUGCGCGACAACAAACCAACUACGACAACAGAAAUAAAACCGAUGGCGAUGACAGCCAAAAUACCGACGACACCGUCGCAGAAAAAGUACCAACGACCUAUAGCA